AUGUCAAAACACGUACACCGGAAACCGGUGCCACGUCGAAAUCUGCCACUUCCGGGAACUAUCGCGUGAAACGUUCUGCCGGUAAACAAGGUAAAGGUGUUUCUCGUUACAGUGGCGACGCAAGCCGGCCGCUGCUUCGCGUUGUUGGAGUGAUGUUUAACCCCGAGCAACCGGCGGACCUGCUGGGCAGGAGGGUGGCCAUCGGCGGGGAGCGGGCUACGGUGCGCUUCGCGGGCCUGGUGCCACCCACCACCGGCUUUUGGCUCGGCGUGGAAUGGGACGACCCAAAGAGAGGCAAACAUGAUGGCACCCAUGAAGGAGUGCAGUAUUUCACAUGCAGACAUCCUACAGGAGGCUCUUUUGUUCGCCCAGAGAAGGCGAGUUUUGGAGUGGACUUCCUGACUGCUGUGCGACGGGAGUAUGAGUUUGACACAGAAGAGGAGCUGAGCCAGGAGGUCAUCAUUUCCUCCAAAAAGCUCAAGUGGUCUGAUGUUCAGUGCAGAUUUGAGAAACUCCCAGUAGCGAUGCUGAAGUACUGUGAGGUGAAUGGACCGGGGGAACCUGGAGAAAUCAGGAAUAUGACACCCAAUAUAGAGUUUUUGAACCUUGACGGGUCUCUGCUGACCUCCUGGGAAGACGUAGCUGCCAUCACCAAACAGCUGGACCAACUGCAUGAGCUGCAUCUCAGCGAGAACAGACUGAGGUUGCCCUUUGACCCCUCAGCUCAUUGCCUGGAUUUUUCCAGCCUCAAAACCCUCAUCCUGAACCGCUGUGAGCUCACCUGGAAGCAGAUCCUGGAGUGCGCCCCCAUGUGGCCACAGCUGGAGCAUCUCUCUGUGGAAUACAACCAGAUAGCAGAGCUGCAGAGGCCAGAAGGAGUGCUGCAGACACUGGUGCAUCUCGACCUGUACGGUAAUCCUCUGGUGCAGGACAGCUUGCUCAGUAUCUCUGCUCUGCCCAGACUGGACUGUCUGAACCUGACUGCUACUGGAAUAUCUGCCAUCCAGUUUGAAGAUGCCCCUCCAGGACGCCACACUUCCAUGUUUCCUGCUCUGACGCACCUCAUCGUGGAUCAAAACAACAUCACGGAGGGACAUGAGCAUAGAACCCUGCCUCACCUGUCAACGCUGGAGGAGCGGCAGCUCUACGGGAGGAUCUUCUUUUUGUCUGUGCUCACGCGCGAUCGGCUGGCUGUCCAAAACAAGCUGCUAUCGAUGCGUGACGUACACUUGUGUUGGAGUGUCGUGAAUGAACUCAGCAAACUUCCCAGUUUGAAGAAGUUAUCAUGUCGAGGCAACAGGCUGGUGAGCAGCGAUGGAAACCCAGCAACAGCCAAUCAGAUGCUUAUCGCCAAACUUGGACAACUGGUCACCCUCAACGGUUGUGAGAUCGAGCCCUUGGAGAGAAGGGGGGCGGAGCUUGACUACAUCAAAAUGUUUGGAGAAGAGUGGCUUAAGGCGGGGGGACCGGGUCACCCCAGCACCCACUUCACCAACCAGCACCCACGCUACCAGGAACUCAUCAACAAGUAUGGAGCCCCAGAAGAAGGCGAGCUGAAGAAGCCUGGUCCGUCUGUUCUGAAGAAUCAGCUGUUAAAGAUCACUUUCACCUUCCCUGAUGAUUCUAGCCGGAAGCCAAUAGAGAAGAGGCUCCCAGCCUCCAUGGUGGUCCAGAAGGUAAAGGGCCUGCUGUACAGACUGCUGAAGGUUCCACCAUCAGAUCUGAGGCUCACCUACACCAGCACCAAGAUGGUGGGGGCGGAGUUUGAGCUCAGCAACGACCUGAAGACGCUUCAGUUUUACUCUAUAGAGGAUGGAGACCAGAUUCUGGUCCGCUGGUCCUGACCUGGACCUGACAGAAUGGAGGAGCUAGCUGACUGGGUUCUGUCUGGAUCACAUCAGACCAGAGGUGGCUUCGCUGCACAUGCUCGUCUUCAUGACCGGCAUGGCCUUGUUAGAGUUACGGAGUCUGGACGUUUGACUGUCCUUCCUGAUGUGGAACAGACCCAACAAACUGAACAGCUGCUGUUUUUGCUUGAAGAUCCAGAGUGCAGAAAAGCACAGGGACCCGGUCUUUUGUUACCUGUCAGCUGCAGCUGAAUGAUUACUGAAGAAGAGGAUUCCACCAGGUGAACUACUGCAGGAGACACGUCAGACUUCCAACGGUAAAGCAGGUGUAAACAUGACUUCAGUGUCACAAAUUGGGUUUUAUAUUUAGAUGUUUGGGCUGCGGAGACGGCAUGAACUCUACUCACAGAGACACAAUAAAUGUAAUUGCUUAAGUCUGCAGUGGAAGAGACCCGCAUGUCCUGCAGGACAAACCUGAAACGGCAAGUCUUAGGUAUUGGCUGAAUGUUUUUACAUAAAUAAGGAUUAAAAUAUACGUGGAAAACGACUAAGAGUCAGUUGGAAAUACACAGAAAUGGCUUCCACAGCGCCAUGCUGCUGGGUGUCUAACCUGCAGUCUUCCUGUUCUACCUGCACCGCCAUGUAAGUUUGAACUAAUAUAAAAACCUAAAAAUACGUGUGGAUACGUUUUCAUACCUGUGUGUGUGUGUGUGUGUGUGUGUGUGUGUGUGUGUGUGUGUGUGUGUGUGUGUGUGUGUCCACCAGAUGGAUUUAAGUCAUCAGAGCGAUCCUUACAGGACCUCAGAUAAACACUGACGAUCAAACUAAACACAAACUUGCUCCAACUCAGUUUCAUUUACAUUGAAGUAAUUUUUUAUGAAGCGGCUGAAUCACGACACAAAAUGGCUGAUUAGUCUGAACAAGCGUUUGGACAUUUGAUCCAACAGCUAAAACGUUAAUUCCUCAACAUAAUGAUGAUAUUUAAGCUGCAAUAUCAACUGUGAAACAAGCUAGCUUUUAAACUCAAACUUAUGUUAGAACAUUAACGGCUGUGGAAAAAUGCUUGAAACUAGCUUGUUUAGCAGAUUUGCCAUUGUAGUGUUAAAGGAGACCACUGAGUCCACUGAUCUCAGGCUCAGGGGGAGAGAGGUCCAGAGUCUGGGGUCCACAGCAGCAGAUGGUCUGUCACCUUUGGUCUUUAGCCUGGUGCUGCACAUGUGUGGAAAACAAUCUCAAGUUCAGCAACGUUCCUGAGAUGGAAGAAGGAAGAGCGAACAAGAGAACUGACAUGAGAAUCCAGGGUGAGAGCUGGGUCAAAGGUCACACCAAGAUUCCUGACAGAAGGUUUGGUGUGAGAAGCAAGCUGACCAAGAGAGUCUCUGACUUUGGGAACCAGCUUGUCUGGGGCACAGAUGAGGAUCUCAGUCUUAUCUUCAUUCAGCUGUAAUUGAAACCAGAGUAAUGUGGGCUAAAUAAAACGCUUUAAAAGCUA